AUGGCGCCAACACGUUCUUCACGCAAUAGUGGCGUCGAUACAGAUAUGUCCAUGGCAGAUGUCUCUGAAUUCAAAGAACAACAUGCUGACCCUAUGGAUGUCGAUGAAACCCCAGACUUUACAGAAGAUUCUGAUACCAAUCCAAAUACAACAGAGAGCAGCGUUCAUGGUGAUGCAGGAGAUGGACGUAAACGAAGAUCAGAAGCUACUCAAUUGCGUCGGAGCGUUUUUGGCAAAAAACAUGAUCGCCUUGGUGAAUCCAAGGAAGAUGAUUCCAUUCGACGUUUUCGAUAUCUUCUCGGCUUAACAGAUUUGUUCAGGCAUUUCAUCGAAACAAAUCCAAAUCCACGAAUUCAGGAAAUUAUGCACGAGAUUGAUCGCCAGAAUGAAGAGGCUGAACAAAAGAAAAAGAGUGCGGAUAGAAAAGGAGGUGCAGCCAACGAAAGACGCCGCAGAACAGAAGCAGAAGAAGAUGCGGAGCUCUUAAAAGACGAAAAGGCUGGAGGGUCUGCCGAGACCGUAUUUCGCGAAUCGCCAGGUUUCAUUCAAGGACAAAUGAGAGAUUACCAAGUCGCCGGAUUGAAUUGGCUGGUUUCUCUCCAUGAGAAUGGUAUUUCGGGAAUCCUUGCGGAUGAGAUGGGUCUUGGAAAGACUUUACAGACAAUCUCAUUUUUAGGUUAUUUGAGGCACAUUAUGGAUAUUACUGGUCCUCAUCUCAUCGUUGUCCCGAAAUCUACGCUUGACAAUUGGAAGAGAGAGUUUACUAGAUGGACGCCAGAGGUCAAUGUUUUGGUACUCCAAGGAGCUAAGGAGGAGCGUAAUAAUUUGAUUAACGAGCGACUUAUCGAUGAAAAGUUCGAUGUUUGUAUCACAAGUUACGAAAUGAUUCUCCGAGAGAAAUCUCACUUAAAGAAAUUUGCGUGGGAAUAUAUCAUUAUUGAUGAGGCGCACCGUAUCAAAAACGAAGAGUCCUCCCUCGCUCAAGUCAUUCGUUUAUUUAAUUCAAGAAAUCGACUUUUGAUUACUGGUACUCCAUUGCAAAACAACUUGCAUGAGCUUUGGGCACUUCUCAACUUUUUGCUUCCAGAUGUUUUCGGUGAUGCUGAGGCAUUUGAUCAAUGGUUUUCUGGCCAACAAGAAGAUCAAGAUACCGUUGUCCAGCAAUUACAUCGCGUAUUGCGCCCCUUUUUACUUCGUCGUGUCAAGGCGGAUGUCGAAAAGAGUUUAUUGCCCAAAAAGGAGGUUAAUUUGUACAUUGGUAUGUCCGACAUGCAAGUCAAAUGGUACAAAAAGAUUCUGGAGAAGGAUAUCGACGCAGUCAAUGGUGCGGGUGGAAAACGUGAAUCCAAGACACGACUUUUGAACAUUGUCAUGCAACUUCGAAAAUGUUGCAACCAUCCAUAUCUUUUCGAGGGUGCUGAACCCGGACCACCUUACACUACCGAUGAGCAUUUGGUCUUCAACGCUGGAAAGAUGGUCAUGUUGGACAAACUUCUUACUCGUAUGAAGAAAGCCGGAAGUCGAGUCCUAAUCUUCUCUCAGAUGAGCAGACUUUUAGAUAUCCUUGAAGAUUACUGUGUUUUCCGUGAAUACAAGUAUUGUCGAAUUGAUGGUGGUACAGCACAUGAGGAUCGUAUUCAAGCUAUUGAUGAUUACAACAAGCCAGACAGCGAGAAAUUUGUCUUCCUUUUAACUACCAGAGCUGGUGGUCUUGGUAUCAAUUUGACCAGUGCCGAUAUUGUUGUCCUCUACGACAGCGAUUGGAAUCCUCAAGCAGAUUUGCAGGCUAUGGAUCGAGCACAUCGUAUUGGACAAACAAAACAAGUUGUUGUUUAUCGAUUCGUCACUGAGAACGCCAUUGAAGAAAAGGUUCUAGAACGUGCCGCACAGAAACUACGUCUAGAUCAACUCGUUAUUCAACAAGGUCGUGCCCAGAUCGCUGCUAAGGCAGCUGCUAAUAAGGAUGAUCUGCUGAACAUGAUUCAGCAUGGAGCCGAAAAGGUUUUCGCGACUACUGGACCAACAGGUACUCUUGCAGAAAAGGGUGCAGAACUUGACGAUGAUGACAUUGAUGAAAUUUUGAAGCAUGGUGAGAAGCGUACUGCAGAGCUCAAUGCCCGUUACGAGAAACUUGGUAUCGACGACCUUCAGAACUUCACAUCAGAAUCCGCUUAUCAAUGGGAUGGUAAAGAUUUCAGCAAUCAAAAGAAAGAUAUUGGUAUGACUUGGAUUAAUCCCGCCAAGCGUGAACGCAAGGAACAAUCUUAUUCCAUGGACAAAUACUACAAGCAAGCUUUGUCUACUGGCGGUCGUGUCGCCGAUCCAAAACCUAAAGCACCCAAAGCGCCUAAACAAGUCACAGUUCAUGACUAUCAAUUCUUUCCACCAACUCUACGAGAUUUACAAGACCGUGAGACUGCGUUUCAUCGCAAAGAAAUCGGUUACAAAGUUCCUCUAGCAGAUGGUACAGAUGAAGAUCUCUCGGAUCGUGAGGCUGAACGUAACUUGGAGCAAUUGGAGAUUGACAAUGCUACUCCUCUUACUGAAGAAGAGCAAGAAGAGAAGCAACUUCUGUCUCAACAAGGUUUCGCUGAUUGGAAUCGUCGAGAUUUCCAACAAUUUAUCAACGGUUCUGCAAAAUAUGGCCGUAAAGAUUUCAAUAUGAUUGCUGAAGAAGUGGACAGCAAGGAACCGGAGGAUAUCAAAGCUUACGCUAAGAUCUUCUGGCAACGAUAUACCGAAAUCGCUGAUUAUGCUAAACACAUCGGUCAGAUUGAAGCUGGUGAGGAAAAAACCAGAAAGAUGGAUCAUCAAAGAAAGAUGCUGCGCAAGAAAAUGCAACAAUACCGAGUACCAUUACAACAACUCAAGAUUAACUACUCAGUAUCAACUACAAACAAAAAGGUCUAUACCGAAGAAGAAGAUCGUUUCUUGCUUGUUCUUCUAGAUAAGUAUGGAGUUGAUAGUGAUGGUAUCCACGAAAAAAUUCGUGAUGAUAUUCGUGAAAGUCCUCUUUUCCGAUUUGAUUGGUUCUUCUUGAGCAGGACCCCUAUCGAAAUUAGCAGAAGAUGUACAACACUUUUGACAACAGUUGCUAGAGAAUUUGAUGAACCGGCUGCAGCUAAACCUGCGAAUGGUACUGCAAAUGGCAAAGCCAAGAGGGAACCUGAAGAUGAUGAAAAUGAUGAGGAUAGUGUUUUGGGAAUGGCUCCUGCCAAAAAGAAGUCGAAGAAUGGUGUUAAGAACAAGGCACUUGAUAAUGUUAAGUCUACUGCUGGGAGUAAAGCAGCUUCAGCAACUCCAUCUUCAAGAGCUUCAAGCGUUGCUUCAAAUGCCUCCAGUCCAGCACCAGCUUCGGCUUCGAAGAGCAAGUCUAAGGGUAGAAAGAGAUGA